UUCCGGCGGCUGGGCGAGGCAGCAGCUGUUCUGGGGCGCGCGUGUAUCCGCGAGCGGAGUCCUUGCAGCCGGAGCCAUGAGCUGGACGCGUUCGGCUUCUCCGUCUUCCUUGCCAAGGGGCGCCUCGCCGGGCGACGCCUCUGCCGGCCCCCGGGAUGGGGGAGCUUCGGGGCCGGAGGGCGGGCAGGUGCACCGGCCGCAGCAUCUGGGUGCCUAUGCUGUGAUUCCUCCAAAUCCAGUAAGGAGGAAUCAGUUACAGAAAAUUGCUACCAAAGAGUUGGAAGACCUGGAGAAAUGGAAGGAACGGCACAGGCCGGGGCUAAUUACCUUGACACCCCAGAAACUGGGUGGAAGAAUAUCGGAGGCUGAAGUGAGGCAGAAACAGCAACUUGAGCACAUCCAAUCUAAAUACCAGCAAAAGCUGAAGAAAGAAGAAUAUGAAAGACUCAAAAGAGAAGCUGAAGAAGCUGACAUUUUAAGAAUGAAAAUGAUCCAGAGAGAGAAAGCCAACAAGCUUGAAGAAAAACAAAGGCAACAAGAAUGGCAAAGACAUCGGAUGCUUGCUGAAGACCACUGCUUGAAAAACUCUGAAUUGUUGCACAGAUUGGAUGGAAGCCCAUUGAACAGAACACCUUGUCCAGUGGACCACCAUAACCUCCAAUCCACAGCCUGGACCAGGAACCAGUCAUACAAGCAAAUGCAAAGAGAAGAAGAAAACAGGAAACUGCAGCUGAUGAAGGAAGAGCAACGAAGAAAGGCUGAAUGGUUGGAACUUAAGAAAAGGGAAGAGGAGAGAAUAAGAAUGAAAGCACAUCAGAAUGAGCAGAGGAGGGUGAAUAAUGACUUUCUGGACAGACUACAAAACAAUAGUCAGCCAGGUGGCAUGUACGAAUCUGGAUGUCUUGGGAAUAUGCCUUUUAUUGGUGACAGCUGGACCUUCGCCUCUGCCUUGCUCCUUGACCCUGCAACUGCCUGCUGCUGGACCCUCAGCCCUGCACCUGUUCCUGCUUCUACAUCACCAUCUUGCCUCUGGUCCUGACGUCCUCAGCCAGGGCUUCAACUGCCCGCCGACCGGACUGUGACACAGCUUCUACUAUUUUCACUUGCUCCGAGUAGUAUAGGCUGGGGGGGGGGAGGCUCAGAAGAACUAAACGCAGGUGCCCAAUUCUCCUUUGAGGGCUGAGAAAUAGGGGGAAGGGGGCACUGAUCCCCCUAAUAGUUGUGACCUUGAGGGGCCCUGUCCACACCCUGGCAUUUGCCUCGGCAUACCUACUACUGACACCAGGCCUGCACACAGCUCCAAAUAAAGUGUUUUGUCUUUACUCCAGCAUGCCGUGCUGCAUCCCCGUUGAGGUAUAUACCUCUUAGAGGUAUAUUUGCUCAGAAGCAUGUGUUUCCACCUCACAGUCUUGCCUUCGAGCCCCAAAGAAGGUUAUCUUCAUGACUGAAGUGGCUCCUGUUUUUCAUGUCGCAUUCUUGAAAUGCCUUGUGGAGAAAUAGUUUCUUUCUGAGGCAAUAUUUUUGUUUUAAAGGAUGGUAUAAAGGAAUUCACACGCUUCAGUGUUGAGGGUUAACUGACUGCAAGCUUUCUGCCGAGAGAGCUGAGGAAUCCGCAGGAGGGCUGUAGGUUUAACUGACCUUUUGCAUUGUCAGCAAUGGGAUUGACUCUGCUGUCCCUGUGGAUUGAAAGCUGUUGAGUUGUCAUUUCCGUAUCACCGCUACAAGAAGGAAAGAAAACAAGUAUAAGCACCAGAUAUUGGAGAAUUUUAGAUAAAAGGUUUUUCUUUGCAGCAUAUUAAAAACAACUCAUGACCUAAGAAAAUCACAGAACCCUAAGACGAGUGAACACAAUCCUAGAUGUACAUGGUAGUGUUUGGGUGGUAAAAAUUAGUGUUUGGGGAGAUCAUUGGACCAGAAAGGCAGCUGAAAGUCUGGAGGUUGUCUAAAGCAGAACCUGAAUGGGCAAGAAAGGCCACCAAGUAGCAGCAACUUUGUCUGAUUUUAUUCUUCUUUACGAAGUCUGCUUCGCUGCGCCAGCUUGUUCCACUCCCGGUUCUUUCUCCAGCCUCUUCUCCUCCAGCUGCCUGGCCAUCCUGCGGAAUGAAUUGCUUUUACAGGCAGACACCAAAUUGCACAGAGAACUCUUACAAAAUGUAUCCUAGGAUGGAAUCUCCCUCCUUGGAGGUUUUUAAGCAGAGUUUGGAAAUAAUAAUAAUAAUAAUAAUAAUAAUAAUAAUAAUAAUAAUAAUAAUAAUAAUACUUUAUUAUUUAUACCCUGCCCAUCUGGCCAGGUUUCCCCAGCCACUCUGGGCGGCUUCCAACAAAAUACUAAAAUACAGAAAUCCAUCAACCAUUAAAAGCUUCCCUAAACAGGGCUGCCUUAAGAUGCCUUCUAAAGGUCUGGUAAUUGUUGUUCUCUUUGAACUCUGGUGGGAGGGUAUUCCACAGGGUGGGUGCCCACCGAGAAGGCCCUCUGCCUGGUUCCCUGUAACUUGGCUUCUCGUAGCGCGGGAACCGCCAGAAGGCCCUUGGCGCUGGACCUCAGUGUCCAGGCAGAAUGAUGGGGGUGGAGACGCUCCUUCAGGUAUACUGGACCGAGGCCGUUUAGGGCUUUAAAGGUCAGCACCAACACUUUGAAUUGUGCUCGGAAACGUACUGGGAGCCAAUGUAGGACUUUCAGGACCGGUGUUAUGUGGUCUCGGCGGGCGCUCCCAGUCACCAGUCUAGCUGCCGCAUUCUGGGUUAGUUGUAGUUUCCGGGUCACAUGUUGAAUUUGAUAGCACUGUACACUGCUCCCAUUUGGUUGAACAAUUCUUCCAUUUCUUGCCAGGUCCUGAGUGCCACUUAAUCUUAAAUCCAGGUUUUCUGGCCCUCUGCUUGGUUUCACAACCUAUUGUUCUAAGGGCACCGUUACUUAGGAUAGCUAGAAAUUUUGGCCUCUUAGUUGUGACUGGAGCAUGCGAAGUUAAGUGAAGACGCUGCAACACUUCCCCUUUGUGUGACUCCUUCAUUUAAUCAUCCAUUUAAAGAUCACUCUGGGGGUUUAAGUCGAGGGGGAUGAGGGUACAACCGCUGCACUGAAUUACUCCUGGAUCUCAGUAUUGCUACCCAGACUAAUUCUGUGGCAGUGUUUGCCCUUCUGGGAUUUCUAGCUUGUUAGACUCCCAUGUCCUCUUUGUUGCACACCCUUCCCUGGCUCUCCUUUGCAGUUUGCAUCCAGAGACAACUGUGAUCCAUUGGUUCUCCCCAUUCCAUCAGGUUUCAGUCAUGCCUUCCAGAUCUCUGCACUCCUUUAAAACCAAACCCCCUCAAUUCACUUCUGCUGGUUCAGGGACAUCAAGCAUUAGCGCACAUGCAUUUUACUCUGUAGCACUUUGGCCUCUUCCGUAUUGUUUUCUUGCAACUUUGAUCCCUAGCCUACCCCCCUUUGUAACUUGUUGUUGUGCCACAGCAUAAGAAUGUACUAAUAUAUAAUGAUUUUUUUUCAUA